CGUCUCCACUUUCCUUUUCUCUGGGAUUGACUGCUAACGCUAGCUGACUUUGCAAGGUUUCACCAGUGAUAUUAGUUUUUAUUUUACAGAUUGUUUUUGCUCAUAAAGAGGAUUUCGAGUGUCUUUUAUGAGUAAUCAAAGGCAACAGAAGCCUACGCUAACAGGCCAGCGUUUCAAAACCCGUAAAAGAGAUGAAAAGGAGAGGUUUGACCCUACCCAGUUUCAGGAAAGCAUCGUACAAGGACUGAACCAAUGUGGCACUGAUUUGGAAGCGGUCGCAAAGUUCCUUGACUCCUCUGGUGCCAAGCUUGACUACCGGCGCUAUGUCGAGACUCUCUUCGACAUCCUGGUGGCUGGUGGGAUGCUGGCCCCAGGUGGUACCUUGUCAGAUGACAUGACUCGCACAGAGUUCUGUCUCUUCAAAGCGCAGGAGGACAUGGAGACCAUGCAGGCAUAUGCCCAGGUCUUUAACAAGCUCAUCCGGCGUUACAAAUACUUGGAGAAAGGAUUUCAGGAAGAGAUUAAAAAGCUGCUGCUGUUCCUCAAGGGCUUCACAGAGUCUGAACGCAACAAGCUAGCCAUGCUAGCAGGAAUUCUGCUGGCCAACGGCAAUCUCUCUGCAGCCAUUCUAAGCAGCCUCUUCAAUGAGAACCUCGUCAAAGAAGGUGUUUCAGCGUGCUUUGCUGUAAAACUCUUCAAAUCCUGGCUUUCUGAAAAGGACAUCAACUCUGUCUCUUCCGGUCUCCGAAAGGUUGGAAUGGACAGCAGGCUCAUGGAGCUGUUCCCUGCCAACAAGCGCAGUUGUGAGCACUUCUCAAAGUACUUCACGGACGCAGGACUGCCGUUGCUUUCAGACUUUGCCAGGAACCAGCAGUCCAUAGGUGCUCGCAAGGAGCUGCAGAAAGAGCUUGAGGAGCAGAUGUCACGUGGGGACCCACUCAAAGAUAUCAUCCUCUACGUCCGAGAGGAACUCACGAAGAACAACAUCUCCGAGCAGACGAUGAUUGGACUGAUUUGGGCCAGUGUAAUGAGCUCGGUGGAGUGGAACAAGAAGGAGGAGCUGGUCACGGAACAAGCCAUCAAACUUCUAAAGCAAUACAGCCCACUGCUGAAGGCGUUCACCUCCCAGGGCCUCUCUGAACUCACUCUCCUGCUGAAGAUCCAGGAGUACUGUUACGACAACAUCCACUUCAUGAAGGCAUUCCAGAAAAUUGUUGUGCUGCUCUACAAAGCGGAUGUUCUGAGUGAGGAGGCGAUUCUUAAGUGGUACACCGACGCCCACACUGCCAAAGGAAAGAGCGUUUUCCUCGAACAGAUGAAAAAGUUUGUUGAAUGGCUCAAGAAUGCAGAGGAAGAGUCUGAGUCUGAGGAAGAAGAGGCAGACUGAAGACCUCUACCGACAACUACCAUCUUUAUUUCUAUUUUUACAUUAACUAGCACCAGAUGCAGUAGAAAGACUUGUUCCAGGAGUCUCUGUAUUUUGUUUUUUUUCCUUCUCUAUUCCCUACCUCCUAAUAACUAGUUCAACUGUAAUGUAAGGGCUUUGAUAUUGUUUUCAUUUCCAACGUGUUUUCUGUCAGAAUCAAUACUUGUACUCCUCUUUAUACUCCUUCAGGAGCUGGUCCCAGAACCACAUUUAGCUAAAUGGAUCCAAACCCCUUUUAUGUAACAAAGGAUGACUUUUUUUUUUUUUUUUUUUUUUUUUUUUUUUGGACAGUUGGUUCCCUUUUAAAAUUGGCCAGUUCAGAGGCAUAUUUCACAGCUGAUAUAUUUAGUCAUGGAAGUCUAAUUUGCCAGGGGUCUUUCUGCGUAGCCUUGACAUCUUGGUCCUCUGAAAGGCAAAUGUUUUUUUGCAACUUCAUUUUACUUUUCUGCCAAUUAUGUAACAUCUAAGACUUUUUUUUUUUUUGCCAGUUUUUGGAUUCUGUCUCAACUAUUGAUGAUGGAGCUAUGCCAUUUCUCAAAGCAGUGGUCAUGGUUGCUAUGCCCCAUAAAAUUAACUGUAAUUGUUCUCUUCAGCUUACGAAACAACCAUGCAAGUGUAUUUUUUUUGUAUCCUUUACCGUACAGUUUGACUUUUUAAAAUAAAGGGAUUAAUGGGU